AAACGGAAGUGACGUAUUUUUGGGAAAUCCCUUGUCAAAACCCAUGAGUGACCUGCUAAAAUGCAUAUUUACGUAAAAGUCUUGAAAGGAAACGAAAUAGAAGUAGCAGUAUCCCCAAGUCAUACCAUAGAAGAUGUAAAAGCCAUUUUGGAGAUGCAAUUUUGUAUGCCUGCCGCUCAGCAGAAACUGGUAUACAAGGGGAAGACACUCACAGAUGGAAAAAGACUCUCAGAUUAUCACAUUUCUGAUGGCGACAAACUGUUUCUUUUCCAAAAGAAGGGUGAUAUGUCUGGUGCGAGUACACCCAUAACACCAGGCCAGACAUCUGUAGGGACACCCAUCCUACCAAGUGAAAUGGGGUCCUGCACCACCACAGUUCUAUGGGAUAAACUUUAUGAAUUCCUUCAGAGACAUUUUACUAAAUCAGAUGCACGGAAGGUCCUAUUAGAAUUUCAAAAGGAUUUCUAUGGGCAGCUGAAAAAUUUAAGCCUGGACGAUAUAGAGAGACUAGCAGCCAGCAAGCUACGUGUGAAUGCUAACGGAAAUGUAAACGGACAUGAGCGAAUGACUUGACAUUUAAUUACACUUUAUUAUAUCUUUGCAAUUUUAUCUUUAUUAUGUGUCAUCUGGAAUGGUCUAAAACUAACAUGAUUAGGAGUUGAUAUACAUAUAUAUAUAGGAAAGUUGUGAAAAUUCCUUGUUUAGUGAAUUAUUGUAAACUUUAAUUACCAGCUGUAGUUUUUUCUUUUCUUUUUUUUUUAAAUUUUCAAAUUCAGUAAGUUAAAGAGUGUGGAACUAACUGUUAACUGGUUUCAUGUCCAAGUUCUAUCAAGGUAGAGUCUUUGUCAGAUAUUGGGUGUUUUAAAUUCAAACAUUUUAAAAUUGCUAUGGGGUAGAUUAAAGAAAGGAUAUGAGAACACAAGAUGCACAGUAUUUUUAACAAUUUCCUGGUACAUGUAAUACACCUAUGUAAAACAAUGAAUACACUUUGAAAGUAAAUUACUAUUACAGUUUACUUCAUAUUUUCCACCCAAAGUAAAGCCAUUGAAGAAAAUUUCCCAACACUCCACUUUUAUAUUGAAUGUUUUUUUUUAUGUCAACCUAUAUGAUGUGUUUAUGUGAAAAGAGUUUGAAAUAAUUUGUCAUAAAAUCUGGAAAUAAACAAUGUCCACCUCAAGAGCAAUAGAAUUUCAUAGAGAUACUGUUACAUAGUCACAUUUUGACUCAAAUUAAUUUUAUUAUAAAGGAUGGAUAUAUUCUGUUUUGUGUUAAUUAUUUAUUCAGGUUUUCAGUGAAUCAAUUACAAUAUAUAGAUUGCAUAUAUUUUAUCGUUCAUAACUUUGCAAAUUUCAUAGGAUACUUGAAUUUGUGAUCAAUGCUUAUUACAUGAAUUUUAUUAAUAUCAUGACAUAUAUAAGUAAAUCUAAAUGUAUUAUUAAACCUUUUUUAAUGAUUUGUUUCGUCUGUUUUAUAUGAACAUGUACAUUGUAUGUUGAAAUAAUUGUGUACUGAUAAUUAUGACAGCAAGUUGAUUUUCUGUGGGAGUUCCAAAUUUUGCUGACUGUGAUAAAGGCACAUUGUUUAUACAUGCGUUGUAUGACCUGGUGACAUAACUGGUAGAAAUAUCCGACCAAGUGAAUGUGGACUAGAAGUGUAGGAUUCCUAGGAGUCUGAAACUAUAUAUGUUCAUCGUCACUUUUUACUAAUAAUUGACUUAUGUGUCUUUGAUAUCCAUUAAAGUAUUUGAAAUCAU